AUGGCGAGCUCACCAACGCCGGCGGGGAUCCUGACGACGGUGCUGGCCCUUGGGCUAGCGCUCCUCUUCGCCGCCACCACCGGCGGCGGCACAGACGUGGGUACCGUCGUCAGCGACGCCUUCUUCGACGGCAUCAAGUCUCAGAACCAGAACGGUAACUGCGAGGGCCGGGACUUCUAUACGCGAAACGCGUUCCUGAACGCCGCCAACCAGUACCCGGACUUCGCGCAAGGUGGCACGGAGGACGACGGCAAGCGCGAGAUCGCUGCCUUCUUCGCGCACGUCGCGCACGAGACCGGAAGCAUGUGCCAAAUCAGGGAGAUGGACGAGCAUGCCAUGGACGACUUCUGCGACCUGACGUACCCGCAGUGGCCGUGCGCCCAGGGACAGAAGUACUACGGACGCGGCCCGCUGCAGAUCUCGUGGAACUACAAUUACGGCGCUGCGGGACAGAGAAUCGGCUUCGACGGGCUGAGGAAUCCGGACACGGUGGCCAAGGACCCCCUCGUUUCUUUUCAGUCGGCGCUGUGGUUCUGGAUGACCAACGUGCACCAGGCCAUGCCGCGGGGAUUCGGGGCCACGACCCGGGCCAUCAACAGCGGCGAGUGCGACGGGCAGGCGCCCGACAAGGUGAGUGACCGGGUGAACUAUUACAAGAAGUUCUGCCAGCAGCUGAACGUCGACCCGGGGAACAAUCUCACGUGCUAG